AUGGCCAUCACACCGACGCUAUAUGCGGUGAGGACUCGCCAGUCCGUCAAUUGGGCCGACGCCAGGCGACGAGUCCUUCACUCCUACCGAGACUGGAUCCGAGCGGCGCCCGAGAUUCAGACCAUGUACAACAUCCCGCUCCCCAUCUCUGUGAUCAGGACCCGAAUCCGAGAGGAGUUUGAGCGCCACCGGUUCACGCAGAAACUCGCCCUCGUGGACGUGUUGAUUUCCAAGAGCAAUAACGACUACCAGGAGACGAUGAACUUUUGGCGCCAGACGACACACAUCAUGUCGUACUUCAAGGACGAGAACUUCAGAGGAGACGAGAGGCUGCCGAAGAACUUCAUGACUGGGUUCUUGGAGGGUCGCAACUAGGACAGGAGCGUGGAUGUGAGGGGUGCCAAGUGUAUCUAAGACGAAUAGAAUCAGACGUGAUUACUUUUUUUUUUUUUUGUUUCAACCAAACACCAAGAAACGCCGGUCUAAUUUGUUU